GACUCUGUUACCUUUACCUUUGUAUUUUAGUCUCUGUUUCUUCUUUGAAACAGAGAUUCCAUUACAUGUAAAACCUCAAGAACUUUCGUAUGAGAACGGAGAAAACAUUUUCACCUUUUAGUCUUUUUCAACGAAAGUAGCCAAUUUUGGUCUAUUCCUGUGGGGGAACUUACUCUCUUGUCUUGAUUUCCAUUUGAUUAUUUAGCUUCACAAGCUCUGAAUUUUCAUAGAAUUUCUAUAUUCCACAUACCAACAAAACUACAGAAUUUGAGAGAUACAGAGGGAGGAGAGAUGGGGGGAGAGGAAGACGAAAGAUCAAUCGAAGUAACCCCAACGUGGGCAGUGGCUACAGUUUGUUUCAUCUUGAUUUUGAUCUCCAUCAUUAUAGAGCAUUUGCUUCAUCUUUUAGCUAAGUAUUUUCAUAAGAAAAGAAGGAAAUCGCUCUUACAAGCUCUAGACAAGGUGAAAACAGACUUGAUGCUGUUGGGGUUCUUGUCAUUGUUGCUAACAGUGGGCGAAAAGCCAAUUGCAAACAUAUGCAUCCCAAAGGGUGUAGGCGAAACGUUUCUCCCCUGCAACGUUUCUUCAGUUUAUCGUGAGGAAGAAGACAAAUGUAAACAUCAGGGAAAGAUGUCUUUGAUGUCCAGAACAGGUGUUAGGGAGCUCCAGUACUUAAUCUUUGUGCUAGCUUUAUUCCAUUCUUUAUCAUGCAUCCUCACCUCCAGUCUUGGCAUGGCAAAGAUGAGGAGGUGGGAAUCUUGGGAGGCAGAAACAAGAACCGUAGAAUAUCAAUUCUUAAAUGAUCCUAGGAGGUUCCAGCUUAUCCACCAAACUUCCUUCGGGAGACGACAUCUAAAGUUUUGGAGUGAACAAAGGAUACUACGUUGGCCAGCAUGUUUUAUUCGACAGUUCUUUGAAUCUGUAUCCAAAGUGGACUACUUAACUCUCAGACAUGGAUUCAUAAUGGCUCAUUUUGAUGAAGGAAGCAAUUUUGAUUUCCAGAAGUAUAUAAAGAGAGCUUUGGAGAAAGAUUUCAAUGCAGUUGUUGGAAUAGGCCCCUGGGUUUGGAUCUUCGGUGUCGUCUUCAUAUUCUUCAAUGCACACGGAUUUCAUAACUAUCUCUGGCUUCCUUUUAUUCCCUUAGUGAUGUUGCUGCUGGUGGGAACAAUGCUCCAAGGCAUCAUAACCAAAAUGUGCCUAGACAGCCAAGACAAGUCCCAAGUUGUAAGAGGAGCAUUCCUUGUUAGACCCAGUGACCAUUUUUUCUGGUUCGGCCGGCCGGAAUUGCUUCUCCACCUCAUGCACUUCAUACUGUUUCAGAAUUCUUUUCAAUUAGCAUUCUUCACAUGGACUUGGUAUAAAUUCGGACUGCACUCAUGCUUCCAUCGAGCAAAUGAGGAUAUUGUAAUUAGACUUGCAAUGGGGGGUCUGGUACAAAUUCUGUGCGGCUAUGUAACUCUGCCUCUAUAUGCACUGGUGACCCAGAUGGGCACGUCGAUGAAAAAAACUGUCUUCCCGGAACCGGUCGUCGAAGGUCUGAACAGAUGGCAAGCCACCGCCAAGAAAAACCUAGCCCUGAGAACCACUGUUUCCCACCCCCCCUCUCUGGACACUUCACUUUCCCUCGAAAGUACGCCCUCUUUCAGCCUUGACGCCUCGUUCUAUGCACCAUUGGAACCUCCGUUCGAAAACGCAAGACCCGCCGGUGAAAUAACGGAAGAGGAGAAAGGGAGAAGACAGCCGGAAGGGCAUCAGAAAAUGGGCUCCUUUCAUGGGUUUGAUGUGGGCAACAACAUGUGAAUAUGGGCCUUUUGUUCUAUAAUGGAUAAAUAGUUACUCAUAAAUAUGGGCCCGCCUCUCUGUUGGGCCAGAUACAUUAUAUCGGCUCAUAAUGUUUUCCUUCUUGUUUUCUUUUAGCUCUUAGUUCAUAUUAAUUUUCUUAAUUGAUAUAAAGACUUAGAUUGAAUUAUUUUUGUGCCCUUAGCGAUGAUUAUAUAAAUUUUCUAAGCAAAA